AUGCUCUCCUUCUCGCUCGGGCCGGGGCCGCUCACCUUCGUCGUCAUCUCCGAGAUGCUCCCGCUCCACCUCCGCGCUAAGGUCGUCUCGCUCUCCGUCUUUUGCAACCGCGUCGGCUCCGGCACCAUCGCCCUCACCUUCCUGUCGCUCAAGUGCGCGAUUGGGCCCGCCGCCGCGUUCGGCCUCUACGCCGCCGUCGGCCUCGUCGUCACCGCGUUCUACUACACCUCCGUCGUCGAGUCCACGGGCGGUGUGAGCGCGCUUUAG